GAGCUGAGUCUUUCGAGAUCCGCAUUUUGAAGCUCUUUAUGAGAAUAACCAGUCUUGGGACGUGCGUGGACCUAAACGCACGCCUUCCGGAUCUGCUUUUGUUGGUGUUAGGAUUCCAUGAGAAUAGAGUCUGAAUGUCAGUUUGGCUCUCAGAAUGCAUACGAUAUGCAACAAAGCAAUACUGUAGUUUUUCACGAUAUCUGAGAAUGCUCAAAUUGUAGUUGUGAAAUUAGGUUGCAAUUCUUAGUAAUUUCUUACCACUGGGCAGUUUUGCCUGGAUAGUAUGGUGCAGAGCUGGACGGAGUACGCCAUGACGAGAAAGCUAUUGCGGAAUAUCACAUGCGCGGUGGUGGGCUUCUGCCUUGGAAUGCUGCUGUCCUCUUUCAUCUUCCUGCCAGACAGCCAUUGUGUGGACCCUCCAUCGUCAGAACAGCCAGAACCAUCAGCAGUUCAGGGAAGACUGUCCCCGGGUAAUGUGGAAAAGCCUCUCAGCAAGAGAGCGGCGGUAGCCCCUGCUGCAGGCGGCGCUGCUGCUGUCACUCCCAAUUCCUUUAGUGCUACCACACGCAUAUAUCUACCACCUGACAAGAGCCCACCAGUGGCUUUUCCAGAGGAUAAGGAUCGGGCCAAGAGAGAUGGCGGUGAUGAUGGGCCAAUGCACAGGCCUGAUGACUCAGCGCUCAAGAAGGAGUUCAGCGUGGAGAUGAAGGUGGAAUCCAAGCACCCCCAGGAGCUGCACUUUGGCAACCGGCCGCUCACCGUCACCGAGGAGCUCGGCCUGCACAAGACGCUCUACGUCGGCGUUGUAACUGCCAAGAAAUACUUCAGGACACGUGCCACGGCCAUAAACAACACCUGGGGGCGGUAUGUACCCAAGGUGAACUUCUUUGCCCCGGGCGCCGACUCUCCGGAAGGCGCAGGCCUGCCGAUUAUCAGCAUGGAUGGCGUGGACGACUCCUAUCCACCACAGAAGAAGGUCUUCAGCAUGCUCAAGUACAUGUGUGAUAAUCUCAAGGACGAGUUUGACUGGUUCCUGCGAGCGGACGACGACCUUUUCCUCCGACCCGAGGAGUUAAUGCAAUUCCUACACACCCUCGAUCCACAGAAGCCCAUCUAUAUGGGCCAGCCGGGCAUCGGUUUCAAGCGGGAUCGCGAUCGCUUGAAGUUGAAAGAUGGUGAGGUCUACUGCAUGGGCGGCACUGGCGUGUUCUACAGCCGCAGCGCGCUCGAGCGUAUUCGGCCUCACCUGGACACGUGCCUUGACGAGGUGAUGAGCUAUCACGAGGACGUGGAGGUUGGCAGGUGUGUGAGUCGCAAGGCUGGACUGCAGUGUACAUGGAACUAUGAGCUUGGUAAGAUUCUGUACUAUGAUAUAUCUGAGAAGAUGUUCAGAGGCGAGGACAUACCAAGCGAUGCGAAAACACAAGCGCUGAUGACACGUGCUCUAACUCUGCACCCGGUAAAGGAUCCGCCGAUGUUCUACCGGCUGCAGAAGUUUUACACGGAGCUGCGCAUUACUAACACCUACAAGAAGCUGGAGAAUCUGCGUCUGCAGCGCCAGGCUCUCUGCCUGUACAUGCCAAGCAAUGCAUUUCCAGAGUUCCACCAAUAUUGGCCUGUGGAUGCUCCAGCACCAUAUAAGCCCAAGAAUCGCUUUGACGUCUUGAACUGGGAGUACUUCAACAACAAGACACUGUUUCAGAACGUUGAGCAGCUGCCAUCUGUCGGCUUGUCCGGUUCGAAUAAGGUGGACACUGGCAAUGCGGUCAAGACGGCCAUACAGCUGAUCUCACAGCUCCAUGAUAAUCAGAGGAUUGCCAGCUUCACACUGGUGAACGGUUACCGUCGUCUUGAUCCAGUGCGUGGCGUUGACUACAUCAUGGACAUCUCGGCCAAGCUGGGCAGCGGGGAUGCUGUCGAGGAGCGGGUCAAGUUCCUGCGUCCGUUCGGCGACGUCCAGCUUGUUGAUGAGCUCAAAAUAGAUCCGUACGUUGCUAUCAACAUCAUUGUGCCGAUCUCGGGAAUCCCGAAUCGCUUCAAAGAGUUUCUGGCCAACUAUGAGAAGGUAUGCUUGCAGAAAACGUCACCAACGAAGCUCGUUGUGGUAAUCUUUGGUGAAAGCAAGGCGGACUUUGAGAGUCUGACUGCCGUAUUGGAGCCGCUCAAGCGCCGUUACCCGAAAGCCAUCAUCAGCUCGGUGACCGUGAAAGGAAAGUUCUCGCGUGCCGGUGGACUGGAUGCCGGCGCCAAGACAGUUGGACCUAAGGAGCUCAUGUUCUUUGUGGACGCUGACCUGGACUUCAAGGAGAACUUCUUGCGCCGCUGUCGCCGCAACACCGCACUCGGUGCACAGGCCUACUUCCCCGUCACCUUCAUGCUCUUCAACCCGGAGAUUGUCUACCCCGGCGGCAAGACCGUACCGAAGGAGAUUACGAUAACUCGCGACACGGGCCACUGGGCUACCUAUGCGUUCGGCAUGGUCUGUAUGUACCGCAAGGAUUAUGACGACGUCGGCGGCUUUGACCUCUCCAUCAAGGGGUGGGGAGCGGAGGACGUGAAGUUCUUCGACAAGGUCGUGGCCUCGAAGAUCCGCACGUUCCGGGCAGUUGACCCCGACCUGAUCCACCGCUUCCACAUGAAGAAGUGUGAUCCCAACCUGUCCAAGGAGCAGUUCAGGAUGUGCAUCGGAGCGCUGGCAGAGGGCUACGCGUCCAAAACGCAGCUUGCCAACUUGUACUUGAAAUCAGAGAUGUCCAAGAAGUCCCCUGCUCUAUAGCACUAACAAGUACACGUAGUAGUAGUUGCUGUACUAGGUGCAGCACUGUAGUCUAGUGACCAGCAUCAUCUAGAGCAGGUGGUCAUGCUUGAUCAAUGCAUGGAGCGCUGGUACACUCCUCACCGUGAUAUGGAGAUGUUUGCCUGGACGGAUGUGGAGCUGCUCUCCUUCUCGUGCAGUGCGCACAUCACGCACGCACACACAUGCACACACACACACACACAGCGCAGUGUCUCGCCGUACACGCUGGACUGGGUUAUCUGAAAGGUGUGUGUGUGUGUGCACGCGGGUCAGUCGACGGCUGGACCCGUCACUACCGUGUGCUCGCUCUGCUCUCUUCUCAGUGGCUAUCCAGUCAUGGUGCUGUGUUGUGCAAUACAUGACGUACGUGUGUCUGUGACCUCAGCUCUUGCUACCUUGUGCGCGCGCUUGGGGCGCUUGGUUUGCUGCAUGCACCACAGGAUGCAGUGAUAGUCACCAGUCCUUGUUCUAGACAAGGGCAUGUGUGGUCCCUGCAUACGCCUAGCAGGCUGACUGACUUGAUUGGUUGAUUGAUUGAUGACUGGCCUGCCUUUGCGACUUGACAACAUUUAGGCAUGCGUAUGUGUUCUUCCUGUGACUUGAUGGCAUAGCAUAAAGACACAUGCCCUGCGUGCCGCGCUGUACGCGGCUCUCCUAGCAUGACUGUAGGGCAGCUCCGAAUGUUUGCUACCCCCCCCCCCCCUUUUCUUUUCUUAACAAAAUCACUAUCAGUAUGGUAAUGUUGUGUUUGUACUGUGUCUGUACUGGCUGUGUUGCUGGUGGUGAAUCCCCCUGCCUGGGCAUACCUGUUCUGUUCUGCUCAAAGACAACUAGUCAGUAUGCAGACUGAUCGCUUCUUUUUUGCUAGUUUUUUUAACGUCUCUGCUAGUCUUUCCACUUAACACUGUGCAAAUGCUAUUUAUUGUUCCAUCCAGUCCUAUCCCAGCCCAGCCCAGCCCAGCCCAGCCGGAUGUGCAGCAUCCUGUACUCUCACUGUACUGGAUACAGUGAAGCAGAUGUCGCGCACCCUGCGACGUCUAGAUGCAUUGGCUGUUUUUAUUCAGGUAAAGCUUCACCCUUCUGACUGUACAUCGUGUACAUGCGUGCCUUCGCAUACCGUCUUCCUUUUCAUUAUUUGACAAAACUAUGCAAUGAAUCUUUUUCAUUAUUCUUUACUCUCACUGCACACCUCUCUGAACUUAUUGUACAGGUGUUGUUUUUAUUGUUUUGUUAGCCGAUACAGUUACUGGUUGCCAAGCUGCACAAACUCUCCUGUGACUUUAGACAACGACGUUGGCAUUUCAAUUCUAGCAUGA